UUCUUGAAAACAUACACAAGAAAUACUAAACAGUACAUGGCUUUCAUCACAUUCAUACUGCUGUCCAGCCUGUAGCAGAGUCCUCUGAUACUCAGCCGGACAGUGCAACCCUCGGCAGAGUGGGGAUCUCACUGCAAAAAGUUGGAAACCACCGAACCACCUUUCCAUUUAGUUAUCUUCUGCAAACGUCUUUAGCAGACACCCAUUUAAGUUUAACUCACUGCAGUAGACCAGGGGGGAAAAAAGCAAGAAGUUGUUGAACAAAUACUCUGCUAUCUUAAAGUGUGAGCCCAUGUGUCAGAUUUUGCGUGCAGUUAAUUUCAAUGCUGAGCCACGUGUUACCGGUGGGUCCAGCUGCCAGGACCAAAGAUGGCGGCGCUCUAACCGGCACAGAGAUCUCGCCGCAUCUGUUUGAAGAGAAAAUAAUGCAAAAAAUGUUGAACUGGCUGAGUAGGAACCGCCGCAGAGGUGAAGAUGAACACAGAAUUAUGAAUCUGCUGCCCCAUUCAUGGGCCAUUUCUUUCUGCGCCACCGCCAACCCCGAAACCAUCCGGCGGCGAUGGUCCCGGGCCGCCCUUGAGAUGAUUGACGUUGGACCGAGCCAAUCCGCUGCGGGGACCGCCUCCGGACACGUGGCGGGCGUUGCGGCGCUGAUUGACGUGAGGAUCCACCAUUGAGCGGCGGGGGCUGACCCCGAGCUGCGGCCAAUCGGCGCAGGGGGCGGAGGCGGAUCCGCCCGCCCUUUGCAGCCGCCAUUUUACGUCGCGGCGAGAGACGGGCGGAGGAGCGUCGUCCGGCUUGAGGUGCCGCUGUUUCCCCGCCGGCGUUUCUGCCUCGAAGCUCCCGCUCCGGGUCGUUCCUUCUCCCCCCUCCUUCAAUCGACGUCCGCUGGGAGGGUUGUGAGGCGAGAGAGAUGGUGAAGAUAUUCGUGGGCAACCUGCCGCGGCCGACGACGGCCGAGGAGAUCCGCGCCCUGUUCGAGAAGUACGGCGAAGUGAGCGAGUGUGACCUCAUCAAGAACUAUGGAUUCGUGCACAUGGACAACAAGGAGGCAGCCAAGGAGGCGAUUGAGAACCUGCACCACUACAAGCUGCACGGGGUUGCCAUCAACGUGGAGGCCAGCAAGAGCAUGACCAAGUCCUCCACCAAGCUCCACGUGGGGAAAGUGAGCCCCAACUGCACCAGCCAGGAGCUUCAGGCCAAGUUCGAGGAGUACGGAACCGUCCUGGAGUGCGACAUCAUCAAAGAUUACGCCUUUGUGCACAUGGAGAGAGGGGAUGAUGCUAUGGCAGCCAUCAAAGGGCUGGAUGGCACAGAGCUGAAAGGCAAGCGAAUCCACGUUGAGCUGUCCAAGAGCCGACUACGGGUCCAGCCUGGGAUGGGUGAGAAAAACACCUGCUUCCGCUGCGGCAAGGACGGCCACUGGUCCAAGGAGUGCCCGACGGACCGGCCGGAGCUGGGGGUGGGCUUCACCCCCGACUACCUCGACCCAUACGCCAUGCCCGCACGCUAUGGGGAGCAGCCCUUCUAUGACAGCCGUUACGUCGACUACUACGAGAAGUACCGGGCAGGAGCGUACGGGGCGGUGGGGACGCCCUACCCCGACCGCUGGGGGGCCCAGCUGGGGGCAUACGGUGCCGGCCUGAGGGAGCGCAUGCCCAAGGCGCUGGAGGCCUACAGCCAGAGCGCCAUCUCCCAGCCGCCCACCUACUACGCCAGGGACCGGAGCCCCCUGCGGCGGGCGGUGGUGUCCACCGUCACCGACUAUGCCACGGCUGCCACCGAGUACGCCGCUGCCGCCACCGCCUCGGCCACUGCCUCUGACUACGCGGCGGCGGCUGCCAGCUACGCCGCCCAGGACUACGCCAGUGCCAACUACGCGGCAGCAGCCGGCUACGGCGCGACAGCCACCACCUCGGCCGACUACACUGCCGCCAACUACACCGCCGCCGACUAUGCCAGCGCCUACGGCUACGACUACUCCAGCGCUGCCACCAGCAACGCCGCCUACACUGCCACCGGAGCCACCGGCGACACCUACGCCGGCCAGACGCAGUACUCCGCCUACUAACCAGCAGGUGCUUUCCAUGCUCUCAGGGGUCUCUUCCUUCUGCCUGCUUGCCUAGGAGGGAGAGGAGAGGGCAGGAGCUUCCCUCCCCUGCACCUGCCUGCACUGUCGGACCGCGCCGCUUCCUUUGACAGUGUGCUCACACGCACGGCGCCUCCCAGCCAGCUGGCCUCGGUCCAGAUUUCCUCCCUGGGUAAACCCGCGUCCUGCUUUGGUAGGUUAACGCCUUCCGUCUUGGCAAACGACAGCACAAAGGCGACGGCCGGCCUCUCUCGCAUUCAGCCGGGUGCUCGGCUUGCGUUCGCGUGGUGGGGCACAUUCCCUCUGGAUGUACCCAGGUUACUGCCUGCCUCAAGCCGGUUUCAAAGGCAGAAAGUGCUGCAGGUACGGCAGCUUGAGUUCCUGCUGUGACCCGGGAUCUCUGUACACUCCCAGCGGUAGGACGCGCGAGUUGUCUGUAGAGUUUUGUUCCGUGCGUGACCUUACAAACUCUAGUUGUAUAACUUUUAUUUUACCCUCUCCUUCGUUCAAAACUGCUGUUGCUGUUGGUUACCUGUUACAGGUGUGUCACUUGAACUUUUCUACACAGCUUGAGGUCAUUGUAUCACAGCACUUAAUGGACAGGGCCGUCAUUCUACACUAUUGUUUCUGCUGUCAGUGGGUAUUGAGAGGCAAGUUCCCUGUGAUCAAUAAAGUAUAAGGCAGUUACUCCAAUGAUAACAUACAAUGUUAUAACAGGGGAGCCAUUUGGGGCCCUCAAGCCUUCUUUGCUGUUUAAGCAACACCUCAGCAGAUUUACUUCAACACCACUAGCCCCAUUUCCACUGCUGCCCAAAAGUUCAUUGGUGUUGAACGUUAAACAGCUGAGCAUACACAGCUCUCCAGCAAAGUGGGGCAAAAGUUUGUUUGCAUCCCUCGGUGAGGUAACGUCUCCCUCUAUCCCUCUCCCAGCUGGUUGACUCUUGAUACCAGGCUCUCCAUCCCUUCAUCCCACCCCUUGGAGUUUCAGCCAGUGAAAUUGGUUUAUUAUUGUCACAUGUACCGAGGUACAGUGAAAAGAUUGUCUCGCAUGCCGUCCGUACCGAUCACUUCAUUACAGCAGUGGGGGGGGGGUGGGAGAUCGGGGGUGAAUGACGCUGGAGUCACUCAACACAGGAAAUUGCCACAGCACGUCAAAGACAGGUUGUCCUUCAAACCAUUUCACACAGCCCCUCUUGAAAGUAGUCCAUUACCGCCACCCUUUCAGGCCGUAAACCUGUGUUUUUUCUUAGAGAAAAAAGAAAUAACUCCUCAAUUCUCGUCCCUUCUUUGUUUUUAAACCCCCCACUUGUUCUUUUGUCUGUUGCCAAACGUUGUUGAGACUUUGAAGUUUGACCUUGGUUACUUUUGUGGCUGACCCAGCGGAAGGCGAUGGGCUCUGACGCACAGGGGGCUGAGCGAGUCCAGGUGAGGCGGGAGAAGCUGUUGUGUGUGUGUGUGUGUGCGCGUGUGUGUGUGCGCGCGCGUGCGGAUUGUGUCGCAGGGGCUUCCCUUGCUGUUGACAGGCUGCUCGGCCUGGUGAGUGGGGCGAGUCUGUCUCUGGUGCAGUGUCCUGGUCGACAGCUGUUGCAAUUGAUCUAACACGGUCCUCUCCUGCUGAUGAGCAGAAUGAACCCCUUCCCCCUCCAUACAGUGUUGCUGUACAGAGGGAGUUCACCGGGUAAGGCUGGAGCUUGCCUUUGGACCUGACUCUUAAGAUCUCCAUGCGGUAGGAGCAUAGGCGGCAUUGACCUUGUGGACCGGUCGGAUACUGUGAUGAAUUGUUUAAACGCUGUCGGCGGCCGUGCUGUCUGCUAUACUGGUAGUUCGGUUAUACCUGUUGUGCCUCCUGUGUUCCAGGCUGGAUUUGUGUGCACGCCUUUGUACAAACUGUUGUAUAACCUGAGCUGAGAAAGUUUGUCAUUCUGAUUACUUGUAGUCUGCCGUCUUCAAUCUUUCCUCCCUUUCUCCUUCCCUACCCACCCCAAUUUUUUUUUUCCCCUCUCUCUUCUUCCUGAAGCUGCCCAUUUCCAUGUGAGUACAGAGACCUUUCCAGUACCUAACUGACGCACUUUAUCCCACAUCAGUAGUGUUGGACCCCGAAGGACAGCAUUGGUGAUCUUCAACCACCCCCCACUUCCACUUCAUUCCAGCAGAGACCACAAGCUAGAGUUCGGGGAUUGUGCUGGAUUGCCAUUUCCUCCCACCACGCACGUCCUGCCUGCUCCAACUGCUGUACCGACGGCGCAGGAGAGCAGGGAUCAAGUCUUUCAAUACUCCUCGUCUCUGGGGUUGCUUACUUGCGCACUGAACCAGGUUAGAGGUUGGGGAGAUGGCGGUGAGGCGGGCCCAGUUUGUUCAGCUUCCCUGGCCGGCCGAUAACGCAUGCUGCUUGAGUUGCUUAAAUCGAGACCAGUGUUAGAGAGGUGCCUCUUGCUACCAUGUAGUGAGGCUGUUCAGCCCAUCAUUGUUUGGGAUAUGUUGUGCUAUUUUUUUUCCUUGCCCCUUUAAUGGGCAGUGGAGUGAUUUGUGCUCAGAUCAUGGAUGGUUCAAGUGUUUUAACACCCUUCUAUCAGUUGCCGCAUUGUCUGUUUUCGGUGGCUAUUUGCAAUGGUAUAUUUCGUGCUCUUAUAGUUAAUGUGAGGAUCAGUUUACAAGGGGGGUGGUUGGGAGGGAGUGGAGGAAUACCUCUAAUCAUCCCCCAGCCCUCUCCCUUUUAUACUGCUUCAAGUACUAAUCCUAGCCCGAUACCCACCCACUGUCGGUCUCAAGGCUAGUCGCCCCUCCCGAGAGCGUUCGGAAGCCAUCCAGGAGUCCUGGUCAUUCCUCCCCGCUCAACGUUGCAGCAGCAGCAGGGGGAAAAGGCGUCGCCAGGAAGAGAGGCCAGGAGCGUGCGAUCCACGUGAUGGGCUGUCACAAGGCCAGUGUCAUUUGAGUGCAGAGUGCCAUUUGCCGGUGGUAGCGAGGCGACGAAUGGUGGGCGUCGAGACGUUUAAUGUCUGGCGGUGUUGCUGACGGUUUUGUGCGUGUUUUUUAAAAAAAAAUCCACUGCAGCUCGCGGAGAUUGUAGGUUUGUUGAAUGAACUGAAUUGCUGUAUCAUCUCCCCUCCUCUUUAACAGUUUUGUACCUGUUGGAAACUCAGCUCCUGUUCCCACCAUCGGAGCCUGUGGAAAGUAGCAACUAUCAGACUAGCUUCAGGUUGUGUUCGUGGUAACUGGCGCAGCAGCUUGUUUCUCUUGUCCGCUUUUUUUAAAUUUUAAUUUCUGUUGGAACUGUUCACUUCCCCUUUUCUUCCCCCCCCCACCCUACCCCACCCCCUUUUUCCCCAACCCCCUCCCAUUUUUAAACUCCCACCCCACCUCUCCCACCUGUCACUGGGACGUGGUUCCAAUGGGCGCCAGUCCCAGGCGGCCUUUACCCUGUUUUUUUUAUUUUCCUCCCCCAUUCAGCGAGUGUCGGCAGCGCGGAACGGCGCACGGCGCGGGUCAAGUGCGUGAUCUCUCGACACACACGCGUACGUACGCGCGCGCGGGCACACGCACGCCUCUCCGCCCCCGCCCUCCCCCUCCCCUUCCCGUCACCUGCUUCUCCCUUUCCUCCCCCUCCCUCUCCAGCACCCCAUUCCAGUCUCAGGCCUGAUUUUACUUGUAACGUUUGGAGAGGCGCCGAGGGCAGGGGAGACCCCAGGGCGUGCUGACAGCGCGGCUGCCAAUUUAACUUCCUGCUCUUGUCCACUUCCCAGUCGCCAUUUCCACCAACGGUCAAGGCUCGAGAGAUGGAAGUGCAGUUAGAGUGCGGAGACAGCGGGGGCCUGAACGCACCCGAGUGCCACCUGCUCCACCAGUAACAGAAAUUAAACUGACUGGCGCCUCGAGGUGCGAUCGCAAUCCGAGGAGGAAUGCAGUGGGAUGCUGUUGUGUUUUGUCGGCUCCUGGAGACAGGUGUUCCUACUUUCCGUGCGGUUCCACAAACCUUGCACUUGUGUAGCGCCUGUUAACGCAGUAAAAGGUUGCCACAGUGCUCGCGAGGGGUGCUUGUCAAACAGACUCUGACGCCGAGCCCCCAAAGGGCCACGUUGGGACUGGGUGACCAAAACACACACACCCAACACACACACACAUGCGCGUAAUCUUGGUCAAAGAGGUAGGAUUAAAGGAGUGCCUUAAAUGAAGAAAGAGAAACACAGGCUUAGAGAAGGGAUUCUGGAGCUCGGCCAGGGGGAAUGGGGCAGGGGGGUGGGGGCAAGCACGAGUCCGGAACUGGAGGUUCAGAGAUCUCGGCAAGACGUAGGGCCGGAGGGAGUUGCAGGCGCAGAGACGGGCAUGCUCGGGGGAGUUGAACACAAGCCUGUGGCAUUUGUACCAUCGAGGAAUUGCUGGACUGGGAGCCACAGUAAGAUGGCAAGCGCCGUGGUGAUGGGUGAAUGUAACUUGGCGUUAGGUUAGGGCACGGCCAGUGUUUCUUUUCUUUCCUCUUGGAUGAGCUCCCGUUAAACAGAAGGCGGAGAGCCGGCCAGCAAACCGUCGGAGCGGCCUGUCCCGGAGGAGGUUACGCUGCCGUCCUGUUUCUCGCUGAACUAUCGCUGACCCAGUCCAGCGCUCGCCCCGUGGAUCAUUCGCAGUUGUGUUCAAUCUCGUCUCCACCAGGCUGGCAAAGUGACCAGGAGCAGGAACCCUGGCUGAUACCCACCACCCCAUUCCCUCCUGUCCCCCAUCCCACACGCUGUAAUGCUGACGGCCCCCAGACAGAUGGCAUUACCUCCCUUCCCAACCUCCUCACUAAACUGUUGAACGUAAAUAGCCUAGGGUGACUCCUCUGUGCUGUGCUGAGGUGGUCUGCUCAGAGUGAGCCACUGAAACAACUCUUGAGGGGAACGGGGAGAUCUUGUGAACACAAAAUGUUUCAAUAAUUCUUCUACCUUCUCUCUUAUAUCCCCCUCUUCCCCCACCAGGUCUCAUUUACCUUUUUGUUUUGAAUGUUGGGCACAGUACCAAAAGUGGCAGAGUUGUUGCCUGCUGAGGCUCGCCUUGGGCGAGCUGUGUGUGCAUUCUCCACCCAUGGCGAUCAGAGUGUCUUUGAACAGUUUGUAAUGUGCUUCCUUUUGCAGAUUUGGUAAUACCUGUUGACAAGACCGCGGUUUCCCCUGCUACACACACAAACUUGGGUCGUACCUUGUGCGGAUUACCCUCACCGUCGGGAUUUAGCGCGGAGGACACCAGGGAAAAUACUAUCAGUAUACAUAAAAUGUUGGUGUUUUUCUUUUAAAAUACUAGCAGCAAAAAGUUGAUAUUUUAUUUCUUAUUUUCCCCAAGAUGAUCUGUGACUGUUUUGCUUUAUUUUUUGAAGUUCCAUGUUGUUCUUUUUUUUUUAAAAACCAAAAAGAAAUAAAGGAUUUUGUUUUGGUUUGGUGUUGCUGGUAACUGUUCUGUGAUGAUUGAGAUCUCUCUGACAGGGAGCUACCCCUGAUUUUAAACCUGAACAUAACCAUGAUUCAACCACCCUUUUGUAGUACCCUGCAAUAAACGAUGAGUAUUUGAACUGUC